CGGAGCGGCCUGCGCCUGCGCACUGCGGCGGCUCCAGCGCCCCGCGGCCGAGUUCCGGUUCCGGUGCCCGUUCUCUCAGCGCGAGGCGGCGGGACGCGAACGGUGCCAAGAUGCAGAUCUUCGUGAAGACGCUGACGGGCAAAACCAUCACCCUGGAGGUGGAGCCCAACGACACCAUCGAGAACGUAAAGGCCAAGAUCCAGGAUAAAGAAGGCAUCCCUCCCGACCAGCAGCGACUGAUCUUCGCGGGCAAGCAGCUGGAGGAUGGCCGCACCCUCGCCGACUACAACAUCCAGAAAGAGUCCACUCUCCACCUGGUCCUGCGCCUGCGGGGGGGCAUCAUCGAGCCCUCCCUGCGCCAGCUCGCCCAGAAGUACAACUGUGACAAAAUGAUCUGCCGCAAGUGCUACGCCCGCCUGCACCCCCGCGCUGUCAACUGCCGCAAGAAGAAGUGUGGCCACACCAACAACCUGCGCCCCAAGAAGAAGGUCAAGUAGAGCUUGGCGCCGGCCGGGCCCUCAAUAAAGCAUCGCAGCGCACUCGG